AUGAAACCACCUUCAUGGAAUGUUAAAAAAGAAUUUGAUGAAAUGCUUGCAUCACUUGGACUAGGAAAAUAUCGUCAAAGUUUGCCAAUCGAAUGUACAAGCUACAAUGUUAGUGGUGAUGCUACUCGUCGUGUUAACUCAGGCAAAGGUGAUCUUUGUGAUCGUGAUAUGGUAGGAUGGGUGCGCUUUGUUGAUCGAGCUGGUACUGCCAUCGUCAGAAAAGCUCCCAACGGUCGUUGUGGUAGUGUAAAAGCUGGAUGGAUACUUGGCGUCUAUCCCAGAGAACCUGGAACAACGUCACUUAGCACUUUGUGUUACGUCGAUGAGAUUGGCAAUCCUUGUUCAUCAUCUAAAGCAAUUCGCAGCACACAUUGUGGUGAUUUCUUAGUGUUUGAAAUACCUCAUCCACCAAAUUGUCCUGCACGCGCUUGCACAGAUGACUACGAACUUCAUUAA